AUGUCAUUUUCUCUGUGUUCCUGAUUCAGGACAGAGAAGUGCACUCUGCUGCAGAGGGAGCACACAGUUAGGACGACUUUGCAUUAUUAUUAUUAUUAUUCAAGAGGAUUCAGUGAAUUACAUAUUAGUGAUUAGAUGAGGUUUGGGCGUGCAUCCAGGACUUUCCACAGGACUAUGUGCGUUGGUCUGAUGCAUGCAUGAAGGACAGCUUUAACACCAAUGACAACAAAGUACGACUGCUCAACCAGAUAAAGGACUAUCGAGCUCGGGAUCAUUCUUGUAGCUAAACAUUCACGAGGUCUGCAUGAUGAACCUGGAGAAUCCUAGUGGUUUCCCCAGGAGCGGGAAGCAUCUGGAUAUGGAUCAGAAGGUCGGCAAGCUCACGUUCGGCUUUCAGAGAAGCUCUACCUCGGAUGAUGAUUCAGGAUGCGCUCUAGAGGAGUAUGCCUGGGUUCCACCUGGUCUACGACCCGAACAGGUCCAGCUGUACUUCUCCUGCCUGCCUGAGAAUAAGGUUCCAUAUGUUAACAGCCCAGGAGAGAAAUACCGCAUCAAACAGCUCUUGUAUCAACUGCCUCCGCAUGACAAUGAGGUGCGCUAUUGCCAGUCCCUUGGCGAGGAAGAAAAGAAGGAGCUACACAUGUUCAGCGUGCAAAGAAAAAAGGAAGCGCUUGGGCGGGGAAAUCUAAAGUUGCUGCCCAGGGCUAUGCUUCACGCGAUCUGCGAACAUUGUGGGGAGGAUGUCGGUGGAGGAGAGAUGGCAGUGUUCGCAUCACGAGCAGGGUCCGGAAUGUGUUGGCACCCGGCGUGUUUUGCUUGCUCAACAUGUAACGAGCUGCUAGUGGAUCUCAUCUAUUUCUACCAUGAGGGGAAGAUUCAUUGUGGCAGACAUCAUGCUGAAUUACUUAAGCCACGCUGUUCAGCCUGUGAUGAGAUCAUUUUCGAUGACGAGUGUACGGAGGCAGAAGGCCGUCAUUGGCACAUGAAGCACUUUUCCUGCUUUGAAUGUGAAACCAUUUUGGGUGGCCAGCGAUACAUCAUGAAAGAUGGCCGACCCUACUGUUGUGGGUGCUUCGAGUCCCUGUAUGCUGAAUACUGUGAGGCCUGUGGAGAACACAUCGGGGUUGACCAUGCGCAGAUGACGUAUGAUGGUCUCCAUUGGCAUGCCACAGACGAUUGCUUUAGCUGUGCCCAGUGCAAAACCUCUUUGCUAGGAUGUCCAUUUCUGCCAAGACAAGGCCGCAUCUAUUGUUCCAAAGCUUGUAGCCUUGGUGAGGAUGUCCAUGCUUCGGACUCAUCCGAUUCUGCCUUUCAGUCAGGCAGGUCUCGUGAAUCCCGCCGCAGUGUCAGAACAGGAAAGAGCAGUCGUUCUGCAGAUCAGUGUCGCCAGUCUCUGCUGUUCUCGCCCGCCGGAAAUUACAAGUUCCCUGGUUUCUCGGGCAACGCUGAAGACACAUUGUCGAACAAGCUGUCCCAUUUGAACUUAACAGACGAGCAUUUCUGGAGGAACAGAGAGGAACAGGAAGUGCCAGAAGACCAUGAAGAAUGGGCUGAGCAUGAAGACUAUAUGACCCAACUACUUCUUAAAUUUGGAGGGCAUGGGAUCUUCCAGCAACCCGAAGACAGCAGACCCACUGAUCCAUGGAUGACUGACUCUGAGAUUAAAAAUAAGGUGGAGUCUAAGCUUUCAGUAAGUGGUGGCAAUAGCAGUCUGGCUAGUAAAAAAUACAAGACAGAUAUGUAUUGGACACAUUCCCAAGACGGACUUGGAGACUCAGCAUAUGGUAGUCAUCCUGGACCUGCAAGCAGCAGGAAAAUCCAGGAGCUUGAUCUGGAACAUGGUUCUAACUUUAAGCAUGAGGAAAAACAGUGGUUUAACGACUCUCUGGAAUGCAUCACGGAUGGGCUGAAGCAGCAAGAGCAGUGUGUCCGGGACUCCAUGGACUCUCUAGCACUGUCUAAUAUCACGGGUGCAUCAGUGGAAGGCGACUUUAAAGAGAAGCAUAUUCCCUUUUCACUACAAAACUUCACCAAGCUCGAGAAUCAGGAUUGCGAAAAGACAAGCAACAUGGGAACUCUAAACUCUUCGAUGCUCCACAGGAGUGCCAACUCCCUCAAAAGCCUGACGUCCGAGCUCGAGCAGGUAGAAGUAGCAGAAGAGGAAGAACCAGAAGAGGUGAUCCCUCUCCCAGAGAAACGAUCCAUUCUUCCCGUUCUCCGGAGAUCCAGGUCUCAAUCGAGGCCUCAUCAGGUCAAGUUCUCUGAUGAUGUCGUGGACAACGGACACUAUGAAGAUGCGGACGUGCGACAGCCUCCGAUGAGUGAACGCACUCGGAGAAGGGUGUACCAUUUUGACGAGCAAGACGAGCGCCGCCGCCGCCAUCACCGCAACCACAGGCGAAGGAGCCGAAAGUCUCGGUCCGACAACGCACUGCACAUCGUGCCCAAAGAGCAAGCUCGUAUGUGCUACAGAGAGGACUAUCUCCAGCGUGGUCCUAUCCCUACAUCUCAGCAUGUGCAGCACUCCCAUUCCCAUGUGAACUCCGAGUACGGCAUACAGAACCAGGCCGCAGAGAGAUUCUAUCGUCUUUACGGAGACGACGACGAUUGGUGCUCUACAUGCUCAUCUUCUUCCUCUGAAUCGGAGGAGGAAGGCUUCUUCUUGGGUCAACCCAUUCCACAACCCAGGCAGCCUAGAUAUCAGUAUUAUGCUGACAAACUUCCCAAUCAAGUACUCCCGCCUUACGGCACAAGGACAAAGUCCAAAAAGAAGCGAGGACAUAAGGGGAAGAACUGUAUAAUUUCCUAGACUGGAAAAUAGUCACCAGUAUAUUGCAAUACAAUAGUUAGCGCCUGCAUUUAAUCUGGCUUCAUUCAAAGGCCAGCAAUGACCACAGCUCACAUCAUUUCUGCAGUAUUUUUAAUGAACAAGACUGACACAUUCUUGAAAAGGCUCUGUUGCCUUGCAUUUCAAAAAUAUUACAUGUGCAAAAAAAAGAAAGAAAAGAACUAGCAGGUCACUUAGUCAUGGAUACAAUGAAAGAGUAUAUUUAUAAAAUACCAUAUAUAAAUGAGUGAAUAUUUAACAGUGCAAAUAUGUGUGUAUAUAUUGUAAAAAAAAAAAAAAACUGUUCUGAUUUAAAGCAGAUAUUUUUAUAUCCCUGAAUUUUUAACAAAGGAAAAAAGUACUAUGAUAGUUGACAAAUAGCAGUAGACGACAAAUGAUUUGCAGCAGCUUCACAUUUGUUUAUUAGUUGUUGUUUUUUUAUGUCACCAAAUGCAAUGCAGUUAGACCUUUGUUAUGCCAGGGUCCCAUGUACACAUGCUUCUUUUCUAUUAAAACAAACUGAAAAAUA